AGACGCUUCCAACACUCCUGAACCGACGGAGCCAUCGGGCAUCACGAGGAGCGCUUAUAUCGUCAGCGCUUCAGUGAGCUUCUCCACUUCUCCGGGCCUCAAGAGGACUAUUGGCUGUAGCGUGCUUGACGGAUGAGCGGGAUGCGCGCGCGUCAGACUCUGGCAUUCCCGUCAUUCCAGCGGGCAGCUCUCCGGGCGCUCGCGGCCUUCACGAUGAUUCUCGCGACCUCCGUGCGGAGCAACUACGUUUAUGAUGAUGACCCCUUUCAGCCGGUGACCCAAGAUGAGACGGUGGCAGUGGGCGGGGUGGUAACCCUGACCUGCGGCGUGAAGGAAAAUGAUAACUCCUCCCUCCAGUGGUCCAACACGGCCCAGCAGACCCUGUACUUCGGAGAGAAAAGAGCACUGAGAGAUAACCGUAUCCAGUUGGUAAAGUCCACGGCCACGGAGCUGAUAAUCACCAUCGGGGAUGUUCAGCUGUCAGAUGAUGGAGAAUAUACCUGUUCCAUUUUUACCAUGCCUGUACGGACCGCACGAGCCACAGUUACUGUACUCGGUGUUCCAGGUAAGCCGGUGAUAACAGGUUUCGAAGGUGCUGUUCAGGAGGGUGGCAAGGUAACUCUUACCUGCACGAGUUCAGGCAGCAAACCUCCUGCCAAACUACACUGGUACCGUGACCAUGUGGAGAUUCAAGG